CCUUGAGUGGCCCGCGGUUGAGAGGAGCGGCACCUGGCUGCUUAGUUGGCUCCUGUGCCUCCUCGCGGGACGCGCGCUCCGGUGGGAUCCUCGGGUCAGUACUGUUGAACAUGAGACGAUCUGCAGCACCAAGUCAGUUGCAAGGGAAUUCCUUGAAAAGACCAAAAUUUAUACCACCAGGAAAAAGUAAUACAGAUGCGAAUGAAGAAAUUAUAAAAGUGAAUUCAGAUACAAAAUUAUUUGAGGAUGCUGCAAAUAAGACUACCUUUUUCCAGUCACAAAAUGAAUCCAGAAUAUGUCUUCUGCCCAAGGAAGGAAGUGAUAGAGAAAUGGUUAAGCGCAUUGAUAGAUGCAGUCUCAGACCAUCUUCAAUAACAACAUUAGACCCACCUCAAACAAAUCAUCCACCUUAUAAAGAAAAGACAGAAUAUAAGGGACAAAACGAGGAGCCUGAUAGCCUAGUUAAAUAUUUCAGUGUUGUUUGGUGUAAAGCUUCAAAGAAAAAACACAAAAAGUGGGAAGGUGAUGCAGUUCUUAUUGUAAAAGGAAAGUCACUUACAUUAAAGGAUUUAGAAGGCAAAGAUAUUGCAAAAGGCACUGGAUAUAAAUUCAAAGAACUUGAAAAGAUUGCGGAGGGCCAAACAUUUAUGAUUGGUGGAAAAGAAAUUGAAAUCAUGGGUAUAAUCUCUCCAGAUGACUUCAGCAGUGGCAGAUGUUUUCAGCUUGGAGGAGGAAGUCAUGCUGUCUCAAAUUCUCAAGCUGCCAAGAUGUGUUUCUCUAACCCUUUCAAAAGUGUGUGUAAAUCAAGUUCAAAGGAAAACAGGCAGAAAAGUAUAGAAAAUUGCAAGCCACGCCAUGACCCAUAUGCUCCAAAUUCCCUUGUUAUGCUACGACCAGACAAUAAUCACCAGUGGAUAUUCAAUAAGAAUUGUUACCCUGUUGUGGAUGUAGUAACAGAUCCUCACCUCGUUUGUCAUCUUCGACCACACCAGAAAGAAGGAAUUCUAUUCCUUUAUGAAUGUGUAAUGGGAAUGAGAGUAAAUGGCAGAUAUGGAGCUAUUCUUGCUGAUGAAAUGGGCUUAGGGAAAACAUUGCAAUGUAUUUCUCUCAUCUGGACUCUGCAAUGCCAGGGACCCUAUGGAGGCAAGCCAAUAAUAAAGAAGACACUUAUUGUCACACCUGGAAGCUUGGUAAAUAAUUGGAGGAAAGAAUUCCAAAAAUGGCUAGGAAGUGAAAGGAUAAAAAUAUUUACUGUUGAUCCGGACCACAAAAUAGAAGAGUUCAUCAAAUGUCCAUUUUAUUCUAUUCUUAUAAUCAGUUACGAAAUGUUACUUCGUUCUCUGGAGCAAAUUAAGAGCAUAAAAUUUGAUCUUCUAAUCUGUGAUGAAGGGCAUCGUUUGAAGAACAGUGCUAUUAAGACAACUACAGCCCUCAUCAGCCUCUGUUGUGAGAAAAGAAUAAUUUUGACUGGUACUCCAGUUCAGAAUGAUCUCCAGGAAUUUUUUGCAUUGAUUGAUUUUGUAAAUCCAGGCAUAUUAGGUUCUUUGUCUUCUUAUAAAAAAAUAUAUGAGGAGCCAAUCAUUUUAUCCAGACAGCCUUCUGCUUCUGAAGAAGAAAAGGAGUUAGGAGAGAAAAGAGCUGCUGAGCUAACAUGCCUCACUGGACUCUUUUUUCUUAGAAGAACUCAAGAAGUCAUAAAUAAAUAUCUUCCACCUAAAAUAGAGAAUGUAGUUUUUUGCCGACCAGGAACUCUACAGAUUAAACUUUAUCAAAAGCUGUUAAAUUCCCAGGCUGUCAAGUUUUGUCUCCAAGGACUUUUGGAAAACAGUUCUCAUCUAGUGUGUAUAGGAGCUCUUAAAAAACUGUGCAAUCACCCCUGCCUUUUGUUCAGUUAUAUAAAGGAGAAAGAAUGUAACUCUGCAUGGGAUGAAAAUGAAGAAAGAGGUCUAUAUGAAGGCUUGAUAAAUGUCUUCCCUGCUGAUUACAGCCCGCUCAUGUUUACUGAGAAGGAAUCAGGGAAACUGCAGGUGCUAUCAAAGCUCUUGGCUGUUAUCCAUGAACUCUGUCCUACUGAAAAGGUGGUAUUGGUCUCCAACUAUACACAAACCUUGAAUAUUUUACAAGAAGUAUGCAAACGUCAUGGAUAUGCUUACACAAGACUUGAUGGACAAACACCAAUAUCACAAAGGCAGAAAAUUGUAGAUGGCUUCAAUAGUAAAUACUCCUCUGAUUUUAUUUUUCUACUGAGUUCAAAAGCUGGUGGUGUGGGACUUAAUCUCAUUGGAGGAUCACACUUAAUUCUCUAUGACAUUGACUGGAAUCCAGCCACUGAUAUCCAGGCAAUGUCUAGAGUUUGGAGAGAUGGUCAGAAACAUCCUGUACAUAUCUACAGACUCCUGACCACAGGUACAAUAGAAGAAAAGAUCUACCAAAGACAAAUCAGUAAACAAGGUCUUUCUGGGGCAGUAGUAGACCUGGCCAAGACAUCUGAGCAUAUUCAGUUUUCAGUAGAGGAACUUAAAAAUUUAUUUACAUUACAUGAAAAUUCACAUUGUAUUACACAUGACCUGCUUGAGUGUGAUUGUAUAGAAGAGAAAGAUCAUACAGAUGAUUCAUUGGAAAAAAUCCCUGUCUAUAGAAAUUGUCAGCUUGGUCCAAAUCACCAGAAAUAUGACUCCCUGAAACCUCUCUCCAUGUCACAACUGAAGCAAUGGAAACAUUUCUCUGGAGAUAAUUCAAGCCUUAUAGAUCCAUUUCUUGAAGGAAUAAGAGAAAAUGUGUCAUUCUUUUUUCAGAAUAUAACCAAUCAAACUACUGUCAUGUAGCAAAAGAUUGUGUCAUAACAUUCUUUUGUCCCCUCUUUUAGACUAUUAAUGUAAUUAAAUGUGACUUUUUGAAAAGUAGUAGAAUUAUUUAAAUUAUAAUUUUUUUUUUUACAAAGUCUAUCUGUAAGUCUAUCUGUAGUAUUGGUAUGAUAGUAAAACUGUUGAGGUUACUUUUGUUUGUUUUUGGUGUAUGUUCUUAAGUACUGAAACAUUAAACACAUACUUUUGUUACCAUA